AUGGCUAAUGGGAAUAAAGGAUUUGGUGUUAUUUGUAGGCCAGAUGUUGUUACUUAUAAUACUAUAAUUGGUGGUCUUUGUAAGGCUGGAUUGGUUGAGAAGGCUAGACAAUUAUUGUUGGAACAUAUGAUUCAGAGAGGUGUGGUUCCUAAAAUUUAUACUUUCACCAUUUUGAUAAACGGUUAUUGCUUGGCAGAUAGAAUUGGUGAUGCAAGGGAGUUGUUUGAUUUUAUAACUAGAAAGGGGUAUAGGCCUAAUGUUGUUUGUUACACUACUUUAAUCAAUUGGUAUUGCAAGAAUAAAGAAGUCAAUGAAGCUCUUACUAAGGUGAAAGAUGCACGGAAUUUAGUUGGUGAGAUGCGACUUAACGAUGCUUUUCCUAAUUCUUGGACAUAUAACAUUUUCAUUAAUGGACUUUGCAAGAACGGAUGCGUUUUGGAAGCGUUAGAAAUGUUUAAUGCUCUAGUAAAUAAUAAGAUUGCAAUUAGCAUUGAAGGUUUGAGUUCCCUCAUUGAUGGAUUAUGUAAAAGAGGGAGAUUCAAAACUGCUUGGGACCUAUUUCAGAAAUUUUCUCUUCAUGGAAACCUAGUGCCAGAUGUUGUAACAUAUAGCAUUUUGAUCAAUAGGCUGUGUAAAAAUGGACAACUAGAAAUGGCAAAUGAGUUGUUAUAUAUGAAGGAAAAAGGUUGUGCUCCAAAUAGUCCUGCAAAAGUUCAUCCAACUGCCCAAAUGCUUUACUUUGGUUAUGGUAAGAAGAAGGUUCAGCAAACACUUUCAUCUGUUCGAAUUUGA